UCCAAUAACUUGAAAUCUUUUCAUACAUCUUCAGAAGCUUCAAAAAGAAUUCAAAGUUUUUCAUACAAAAAUAACAGAAAUGGCUUUUGUGAGAAGUCUAUUGGGAGCAAAGAAGAUUCUAAGCCGCUCCACCGCAGCGGCACCAAAAGGGUUUCUUGCGGUGUACGUAGGAGAAAGCCAGAAGAAGAGAUUUGUGGUGCCAAUCUCAUACUUGAACCAGCCUUCAUUCCAAGCUCUUCUUAGUAAAUCCGAGGAAGAGUUUGGGUUCGAUCAUCCAAUGGGCGGUUUAACGAUUCCUUGUCCUGAAGAUACCUUCAUCACUGUGACCUCUCGGCUCCAAUGAUAAUUAUUAUCCAACAUUUGUAUCUUCCUAGUUAGAUAUAGACUUGUUCCUUGUAAAUAGAGGAUUUUAUUUUUCUUUUUUCUCUUU